UAUGCGAGUUAAGUGAUUAUACAUCACUAGAAUAUAGUAUUCAUUUAGAGAUUCAUUGAAAUUGUCGGCCGAAAAAAGUUUCUAUAAAUUCAUUAAUAACUAUCGGAAUUAAAAUGAAAAAUAUAUAUUAAUAAUGAUAUUGAUGUUAAAUUGGUGAUGAUUAUUUCUAUUAUUUCAAUAAAAUAAGCAGCUGGUACAAUUGUUUGGAUUAUUUAUUGUGGAUUAUUUUAUGUGUUGUUCCCCGUGUGCUAUAUAUGUGCUCUACCAGAGUGUGUGAUUGAGUGACAAACGGAUAUUACAUACAGGCGUUCAAUUAGUUCUCAAUAUAUUAGUGUAUAUAUAUCUGGGAAAUAUUGUGUUAUAAUUAUUAUUACAAUUUUAAACUACUGACCCAUCAAUCGGCUCAUCAAAUGGAGAGCCCUUAUGAUAGUCAUCUUCAGCAUCCCAUGCAAUCACUAAAUUAUGGCUCACAUAUGAAUCACGGCCCACACGGGCCCACAAUGAGCCAUCACCAGUACCCCUCAAAUCAUAUGACCAAUCAUGUCAUGGGUACGGUGCCCGACGUCCACAAGCGGGAUAAGGAUGCCAUUUACGGUCACCCACUGUUCCCAUUGUUGGCCCUCAUCUUCGAGAAGUGUGAAUUAGCCACUUGUACUCCAAGAGAGCCCGGAAUCGCUGGCGGAGAUGUCUGCUCUUCAGAGUCUUUCAACGAAGACAUUGCUGUCUUUGCCAAACAGAUUAGACAAGAAAAGCCAUAUUAUGUACCAAACCCUGAAUUAGAUAGUCUUAUGGUUCAAGCAAUACAAGUGCUAAGGUUUCACUUAUUAGAGUUAGAAAAGGUGCAUGAGUUGUGCGACAAUUUUUGUCAGCGAUAUAUAAGUUGUCUAAAGGGAAAAAUGCCCAUUGAUUUGGUCAUCGAUGAAAGGGAUACGAAACCGGGAGAUUUGGGUGACAAUAACAACAGCUCCAGCAAUGGAAGUGGAGGUCCUGGUCCUGGUAUGGGAGGUGCAAGUAAUGGUGGUCGUGGCGGUAGUGCCGACCCGGGACAUCAUUCAGACAGUGCAUCGACACCGGAUCAUCAGCGCCCACCUUCUCAGUCAUUUAACUCAUUUGGAGGCCACGGCGUUCACGACGAUGUCAGAUCACCAACAGGUUCUACUGGAACUCCCGGUCCUCUAUCACAACAACCCAGUUCACAGCAAAGUACUGACAACAACAGUGAAGCCGGAUCAUUCAUGGGUGACGCCAGUAUUGGAUCGGGUGAUGGAACCGGUGAAGAUGAUGACGACGACCGAAGCAAAAAGAGACAAAAGAAAAGAGGAAUUUUCCCAAAAGUUGCCACAAAUAUCAUGAGAGCCUGGCUUUUCCAACACUUGACUCAUCCCUAUCCAAGUGAAGACCAAAAGAAACAGUUGGCUCAGGACACAGGACUGACUAUACUUCAAGUUAAUAAUUGGUUUAUAAACGCCAGAAGACGUAUUGUUCAGCCUAUGAUAGAUCAGUCCAACAGAGCAGAUUUGGGCGGAUCUAUUGGUAGUGCCGGUGCUGCUUACAGUCCCGAUGGUGGCAUGGGAUACAUGAUGGAUGGCAGCCAACAGUUCAGGCCACCAGGAAUGCAAGGCUGUGGUGACGCCUCAAUGGGAAUGGCCGGACAUAUGGGAGGAAUGGGUGGCUAUUCUCCAUUUAAUCCGCAAUUAAGAUCACCUGUAUUACCCGGACACCCUCAUGCAGCUAUGAUGAUGGCACAUGGACCUAUGGGACAUUCAGGUCUACCACAGGGUUCGCCAUAUGACGGUUCAGGUCAACACAUUAUGGACAUUCAUGCGAGUUAAACAACAAUUAUUAAUACAAUGAGAAACACUAACAUUUGUGUUAAUGACACAAACUAUUGAAGAAAAUUUUGUUCAAUAAAUUCAAUAAUAAUAUUAUAUAUUGAUUUUUAUGAACAUCAAUAAGAUUACGAAAUAAUGGAAAAUUG